AUGGGCAAAGAGAUGGGAAAUUACAGCACUUCUGCUAUCAAAGAGGAAGAUAACAUAAGUGAAGUUGAUGAUAAGAAUAUCAUAGAAGAUACUAGUGAACAUGCAAAUGAGAUAUCACAAGAAGAAAAUAAGAAUAUACCAACAUCAUCUUUAGCCAAAGAUAUACCGCAAGAUGUCCUUGAUACAGAUGAUGAUGUAAAAGAGAAGAAAACUCAAACCAUUUCAAUAGCUGAAGCCAAUGAUGCUUAUGACAUAAAUAUGAAAAAUCAAAUGCAUCCAAAAUCAGAAGAUGUUGUGGAGAAAGCAAGAACUGAACUUGGACAAGUUUCGAUGCAAGAAGAAAUUCACGGACACGAUGUGGAAGAGAAAACUCAAGAAGAAAUUCGUGGAGACGGCAUGGAAGAGAAAACUCAAUCGAUUUCAACAGCUAGAUUUGCAAAUGGUGGUUAUGAAACAAGGGAAAGUUUAACAAGGCUAAGUACUGAAUCAAACCCUGAUAAUCUAAAUGUCACUUCCCAUAUGCAAAAAUCACCAAGUUUCAAUCUCAACCUCCGAACCGAAUCAAGGCGAGAAACGGAUCAUAUUCCUUUGCUUUGUAAGUCCGCAAACGAUAGCUUGUCUAACAAGUUAAGUCAAAAUCUCAGUAACUCAAUGGCCCAUGAUGAAUAUGAUCACAUUGAAGAGAAAAUAGUUACCAUGGAAAGAAGUUACUCAGAGAUAUCGAAAUCUUCAUUCAUCGGUUUUCUGAAAGACGAAGAAGAAGAAGAAGCAGAUCUUCUAGUCAUGGAACAGACACAAGAUAACAAUGCUGGUUUGAAGAUGGAAAUGUUGUCAUCUACUUCACCUAAAGGAAAAGAAAAGAGCAAGUUUAUGUCUCACUUUUUUACCAGCUGCAUGUGUUGUGCAACUCUGCCAAAUUAA